UUCCCGUCUUCAAGUAAAUAUAAUUUAGUAGUCAGUUGUGGCCAUUUGGUGGCUCUGCGAAAAGCUGAAGGGCUCUCUGCUCUCUCUCUCUCUCUAAUCUGUUCCUCUCCCUCACUCGUCGUUGAUUCUCUUGCCAUUUCAUUGAUACCUUGCAAUUACAGAAGAUUCAAGUAUUGAUCAUGAUCAGACAUCCAUUUCUUCUUCCCUUCUUAGCCCUUUCUUUUGUUUGCAUCAUUGGUUUGGCUGCCAUAGCUCAAGCACAGAAUCAAACUCAACCUACUACAGAUCCCGAUGAAGCUAGAGCAUUAAACUCGAUCUUUCAACAAUGGAGUAUAUCAGCCAACACCAAUCAAUGGAACACAAGUGGAGACGUAUGCAGUGGAGCAGCCACUGGUGCAUCUCCUCCCAUUGACGACACUGAUUUCAACCCCUUUAUCAAAUGUGACUGCACUUUCCUUAAUGGCACCACUUGCCGUAUUACUGCCCUGAAAGUUUACGCAAUAGAUGUUAUAGGAUUGAUUCCAGAUGAGCUUUGGAGCUUGACUUACCUCACCAAUUUGAAUUUGGGUCAAAAUUAUUUGACAGGUAACCUGUCACCAUCCAUCGGUAAUCUAACUCGGAUGCAAUACAUGACCAUUGGAAUUAAUGCAUUGUCUGGGGAGCUUCCUAAGGAACUUGGACUGCUUACUGAUUUAAGAGUAUUUGGUUUUGGAUCGAACAACUUCACUGGUUCUCUGCCAUCUGAGCUUGGGAAUUUAGUAAAACUGGAAGAAAUUUAUUUUGAUAGCUCUGGAGUUAGUGGUGAGAUUCCUCCAACCUUCGCUAAUUUGCAGAACUUGGCUACAGUGUGGGCUUCAGACAACGAACUCUCAGGAACGAUACCUGACUUCAUAGGAAAUUGGUCGAAGCUUAUUUCCCUAAGAUUUGAAGGUAAUGCUUUUGAAGGUCCAAUACCAUCAGUAUUCUCCAACCUCACUACUAUGACAGACUUAAGGAUAAGCGAUUUAUCUGAUGGAGGUUCCUCACUGGAAUUUAUUAAAAACAUGAAGUCUCUAAGCAUUUUGGUGCUCAGGAAUGACAACAUCUCUGCUUCAAUUCCAUCCUACAUCGGAGAAUUCCAGAGUUUGACACAGCUGGAUUUGAGCUUCAACAAUAUCGAGGGACAGAUUCCAGACUCGCUUUUCAAUUUGAGCUCGCUCACUUACUUGUUUCUUGGAAACAAUAAAUUAAAUGGCACCCUUCCGGCAACAAAAAGUUCAAAACUUCUCAAUGUAGAUGUGUCAUACAAUAAUUUAGCAGGGGGGUUUCCAUCCUGGGUCAGCGAAACAAAUUUAGAGCUUAAUUUAGUUGCCAACAACUUCACAGUAGUUGCUUCAAACCUCAGCGGUUUACCGUCAGGGUUGAAUUGUCUUCAACGCAACUUUCCUUGCAAUCGAGGCUCUCCAAUCUAUUCACAAUUUGGUAUCAAGUGUGGUGGUCCAGAAAUCACAUCUUCAAACAAGGUUCUAUUUGAGAGAGAUAACGCGAGUCUUGCUGCAGCAUCAUACUAUGUGAGUGACACAAGCACUUUUGGUGUUAGUAAUACUGGAUAUUUUUCCGGAAGCAACGACCCUCAGUACACGACAUCUUCAUCGUCACAAUUUACAAAUACUCUAGACUCUGAGUUGUUCCAGACAUCUCGACUCUCUGCCUCAUCACUAAGGUACUAUGGGUUGGGGCUCGAGAAUGGCCACUACACCAUUAUCAUUCAGUUUACAGAAUCAGUUAUUUCACAAGGAAGCACAUGGAAGAGUCUUGGAAGGCGUGUUUUCCAUGUUUAUAUCCAGGGAAGUCGUGUUUUGAAGGAUUUUGACAUACAAAAGGCAGCAGGCGGAAUCAUGAAUCAAGCUGUGCAGAGGGAAUUUAAGGUUCAGGUAACAGAAAAUUACCUUGAUAUCCAUUUCUUUUGGGCUGGAAAGGGGACUUGUUGCAUUCCUGCUCAAGGUACAUAUGGACCUUCAGUUUCAGCGAUCAAUGCUAUCCCAGAUUUCACACCCACUGUUAGUAACAAGCUACCAAGUGAGAAGAAGAAGAAGAAUAGGACUGGUUUGAUUGCGGGGAUUGUUGUGGGUGUUGGAAUAGUAGGCUUUCUACUUGUUUUUGCUGUAUUCUUUGUUCGAAGAAGAAAAAGGCAAAGCAACAAUGAUUUUGAAGAGUUCCUAGGGAUCGAUGCUAGACCGUACACUUUCAGUUAUGGUGAACUGAAGACUGCUACAGAAGAUUUUAGUUCUGCUAAUAAGCUUGGAGAGGGAGGAUUUGGACCAGUUUACAAGGGAAAACUUAAUGAUGGGAGAGUGAUUGCUGUUAAGCAGCUGUCCAUGUCAUCUCACCAAGGAAAGACUCAGUUUAUAGCAGAGAUUGCUACUAUAUCUGCUGUGCAACACCGUAAUCUUGUGAAAUUGUAUGGAUGCUGCAUCGAGGGAGCAAAUCGACUCCUUGUAUACGAGUAUCUCGAGAACAAGAGUCUUGAUCAAGCAGUAUUUGGAGAGCAAAGUUUGAAUCUUGACUGGCCAACACGCUAUGAUAUAUGCUUGGGAGUAGCGAGAGGUCUAGCUUAUCUUCAUGAGGAGUCAAGGAUUCGAAUUGUACACAGAGAUGUGAAGGCCAGUAACAUUCUGCUUGAUUUUAAUCUCAUUCCAAAAAUUUCAGAUUUUGGUUUAGCCAAACUUUACGAUGAUAAGAAGACCCAUAUAAGCACCCGUGUUGCAGGAACAAUUGGAUAUCUUGCACCGGAGUAUGCAAUGCGUGGACACCUGACAGAGAAGGCCGAUGUAUUUGCCUUUGGAGUUGUGGCUCUGGAAAUCAUAAGUGGAAGACCAAAUUCAGACACAAGCUUGGAAACGGAAAAGAUUUAUCUUCUUGAAUGGGCCUGGCACCUCCAUGAAAACAACCGUCAAGUUGAGCUAGUAGACUCUAGACUAUCUGAAUUUAACGAGGAAGAAGUGAACCGUCUGAUAGAAGUUGCUCUUUUAUGUACUCAAACUGCACCUACGCUACGGCCAUCAAUGUCACGGGUCAUUGCUAUGCUAUCUGGUGAUAUUGAAGUGAACAGAGUAACUUCGAAACCGGGAUACUUGACUGACUGGAAAUUUGAUGAUACAAGCACCUUUACGAGUGAUGAUGCAACGAGAGCAUCAGAUACUAGCCACAAUAAUUCAUCCACAAGCACAAGCCUCGUGAACAACCAAAAGGAUAUGUCACCAAGCGCCACGGAUCCCAUGCUCCGUGACAUUAUCGGACAGGGAAGAUGAUGAUUUCCUUUGACCAGUGCUGCUGCUUUAUUUAUUAAAGUCUUCUCUGAAAGUUCAUAUACGGGUUUUUUUUCUUACGAAUUUGUACAGUCAUAUGUACAUAGCAACAAGACAAUCUAUGAUCGGUGUUUAAAAAUAAGUUUUCCUUUAUGUAUGUACUGGUUUCGUUUCUCUUCAUGGAUGUAAGAUAGGUUGGAGUUCUAAAUCUUGUUAUAGGUGUUUCUUGAAGCAACUGCAACAUUAUUAUUGAUAUAUUAAGAGGAUGUUGGAAUCCCAUUGUUCGCUGUAUGUAUUUUUCAGCU